ACAUAUAUCGACUGGCAUGGGACCCAGUAGAACCGCGCUAGCGCAGCGAAAAGCUCGCCGAGGCAGUUGAGGGUUUUCCCUUGUUCACUUGCUUUGCGUAGUUGCGUUUAUUCGCCGCCGCAACAUUGCUGCAGAUUUGAGAGCUGCAUCGCUCAGAACCUUUCAUGUGCACGAGGCGUGCCCACGCAAAGUGCUGACUUGCUGGGGUCCUUUCUGGCAUGGCCCUCGGCCUUGCCUAAUAUGCAUGAUGCGCGCCCAUAUGCUCUGCAUUAGUUAGGUUACAUACGUACGUAGACGUGGAUUGGCAUAUCGACGCGCCAGCGAGCAGGAGGGCGAAGCAACGCCCGCCCGCCUCACCAUGCCUCCGGAAGUUUCAGAACCUGGCAGCGCUGCUCGCGAGCCACGACGACGCAGGACGCAGGACUCACCUCAGCCACGAGCUGCUGGUCGCGAUGCCAAUCGCCCGCGUGCACACACGCCUCGCACGUAUCACGAGCUCUCCCAGGCGCCGCUGCGGGUGCCCUUUCCCAGGUCGCCCCCGCCACAGCUCAGCGUUACCAGCACGCCACCGCCGCCGCCGCCGCCACCCCCAGCCGCUGCCGCCUCCCCUCCGGGUCCAAACCAGCCCUCUGGCGCCACACGUGGCUCAGCCGCAUCAGGCACGCCCACUAGCGCCGCCUCCGCCUCGGCCUCGGCCCUGGCCGCAGCCUCGGCCUCGGCCUCGGCUUCAGCUUCAGUCGUAGCCUCGGCCUCAACCUCGGCUUCAGCUUCAGUCGUAGCCUCGGCGUCAGACGGCUGGUCUGGCAGCUGGUCGGCGCUCUGGCGGCGGCUGCAACACGGCGCAGCUGCCUCCACCUCCGCCUCCACCUCCACCUCCACCUCCGCCUCCACCAACACCACCGGCACGGCGCCGGAGGCAGCUGGAGCCGCCGCCAGGCCUCCUGCUGCUGCCAGCGGGACCCCUGCCAUCGGCACUGCUUCUUCCCGCGCUGCUGCUGCUGCCGUCAUCGGGCCUCAGCGGCGGCGGACCCAGCUGCCAGCCUACAUAGAGUUGGAGGCACGUGUGUGGCGAGACGUGACCUAUCACGACCUGCGACUGGCGAGAGGGGUGGGCAGCGGCUCCGGAGGCGGCGGCGGCGGUAACGAUGGCGGCGGCGGCGGCGGUAGCAGCGGUGGCGCCAGUGGCGGGGCAUUCGACGCGGGCAGCGCUGGCAUAAGCAGCGGCGGCGUGGGCGCCAACGCACUGGUCGCCGGCCGCGGUGCGGCCUUGGGUGGCGGAGCCGACAGCAGAAUGUCUGGUGCGGCCGCCGCGGCCGGCGCCACCACCACCACCACCACCACGGCAUUACGGUCUCAGGCGGCGCAGGGGUGUCACCAGCAGGCGCCCAUGACGGGCAUCUACGUGGAGGCGCGGCUGCGGCCUGCCCGUGCGGCGCAGCUGUACGAGGUGGUUCGGGUGUGGGUGGUUGACAGCACCAGCCUCUACAAGGUGUGUCUGCGGCCGCGGCGACAGCAGCAGCAGCAGCAGCAGCAGCAGCAGCAGCAGCAGCAGCAGGGGAGCCAGUGCCAUGAGGACAGCGGGCGUGGAAGCGGACAUGGCAGUGGGGGUGGGGGUGGAGGCGGGGGUGGAGGCGGGGGUGGGGGUGGGGGUGGAGGUGGGAGCGGUGGCUAUCCGGGUGAGCCGCGCCGCGGUGAUGGAGAUGGAGCCGGGGGCAGCGGCGCCCAGCGCGCGAGUGGCAGCACCGGCGGCGGCAGUGACAGUGGCGGCGGGAGCGGCGGCGGCGGUGGGAGUGGCGGCAGGGGCGGCAGCGGCGGUGCGGCCAGUGCUGGCGGUGGUGUGGCCAACGCAGGCGCCUUCGGCGCCUGUGAUGUAGCAGAUGCACGCGGUACAAGUGAGGGCUCACAUUCAGGGGGCGGACAGGCCAACGUCAGAAGGGGCAGCACCAGCACCACCACCACCAGCAGCGGCGGCGGCGGCGGUGGUGGUAUUGGUGGUGGCGGCGGAAGGCUGCUGACAGGGCUGACGGGCUGGCUAGGCACGCCGUGGACGCGGCUGCCCAUGCCGCCACCACCGCCGCCGCCGCCAGCAGCCACCGCGGCGGCACACCGAAGCCGCGGCCCCGUGGCUACACCAGCGACUGCUGCUGUUGCAUCAGCAACGGCAGCGACCAGCGGCGCCGCCAGCAGGACGGUUGCGGCGGGCGGUGGCGGUUGGUGGUUGUGGUGGCGGCGGCGGCGUGAGUCAUGCACGGGUCCGAGCCCAGGCCAUGCGUCAUUGUUGCGUGGGGUCCAGGAGGGGGACCAGGGGGAGGCGGAGGAGGGCGAGGAGGAGGUGGCGGCGGCCACGACUGUGUGUCACGGCCCCGCCUGGCCGGUGGGCAGUGAGGUGGAGGUGAUCGUGCAGCUGCAGCGCCGGGGCGCACCUGGGGAGCGCGUCCUGCUGCGGGACACAGGCGUGCAGGUGGGCGUGGAGGUGAUCUUCCGGCGGCGCGAGGUGGCCUGGGUGCUGCUGACGCUGCUGCUACACCUCGUCGACGUCAUCCUCAUCGCACCGCUGCGCGCGCUGAUGCUCACGGCGGCGGCGGCAGUAGCGGCGGCAGUAGCGGGGGCAGUAGCGGCGGCGUCGCACUGCCCGCGUCGCGGCCGCGGCGGCGCCAGCAGGCCUACUGGUGAGGGGCGUACCGGCAGUAGCAGUGGAGGCGGCGGCGGCAGCGGCGGGGGUGGUGAUGGUAAUGGUGGUGGCGAUGGCGGUGGAAGAGGUAGCGGCAAUGGUGGCGUUGAAGUGGAGGCGGCGCAGAGCAGGCGGGGCAGCGGUGGUGGUGGCAGUAGCGGCACCGGUGCCCGUGGCAGUAGCGAUAGCAGUGGUGGUGCCGUAGCGGCAGUAGCAACAGGAGGGGACGGAGGGUCGCCACCGGGCUCAGGCGUUGUCGUACAGUCGUAGCCGUUGUGCCGUUGUGCCGUUGUGCCAUUGCAGCCACAGGAUGUAUGAAAGGGCCAAGACACUCGCGACAGUUACGCAAGCUCACACCACGCGCCUGCUACCAUACUGCCGCAGCGCAUUUGUAGCUGUACUUCUGGCUGUGUUUGACGGGAGACUCACGCGGGAGACUUGAUACCGUACAUUGUAGGCUGUAUUGAGCACAUCUCACAUUCUCACCGGGAC